GACGUUGAGCAGCACCCAUCUCAGGCAGUUGCCUACGCACAUUUGAAGAGUGUCAUGGGUAAACAUUUCAGAUUUGAGGAGGAUAUGAUGAAAGAGGCCCAAUUUGCUGACUUGGCCACACACAAAGGAAUCCACGAAGACUUUGAAGCAACGCUGCGUGCCUCCCAAGUGCCAAUAUCUUCGGAGAAAGUCACCGGCGCCAAGCAGUGGCUGGUCGACCACAUCAAGCUCGUUGACUUCAAGUACAAGGGCAAAUUGCACGGAUAA